UCUCCUUCAUCUCUCCUCUCAGGCAAAAUGGCCAGCCUCCUGGACUCGGUGAACAACAACAACCCUCGCUUUCUGAAAGUCCUCCUAGCAGUCCCACAAUCCAUCAGUAAGCAGGAACUAGAGGCUGCCUUCCUACAGAGCUCAAAACUAGGUCACUCCGAAUGCAUUCAGUGCAUCCUCGCCACAGGCAUUGACACAGAAAUAGAAGAUACCAAUGGGAGAACCCCUCUAUUUUUAGCAGUGGAAUCUAACAAACCUGCUUUGGUGGAAAUUCUCUUGGACUCUAACUGUAAUGUAAAUGUCCGAGGUCCUGGGCAGACUACCCCGGUCCACAUGGCAGCCAAACUUAUCCACAAUGAGUGUCUCAAAUUAUUAGUGUCUCACAGAGCUAAAAUUAACUUACGGGACUCCUGUGGAAAUACCCCUUUGAUCAUUGCUACAAAGUAUGGAAAUUAUGAGGCAUUAGACGUUCUUGUCAAAGCUGGAUGUAAUGUGAAUAUACAGAAUAAAGAGGGAUGUAGCGCUCUACAUUACGCCAGUCACCAGGCGGGAGGGGUAAAUCUCCUGCUGGCUGCUGGGGCGGAUCCCAAUGUUAGAGACGAGGACAAUAUCACCCCUCUCAUCAUGGCAGCUAGUCAGGGAUUUGAUGAGGUGGUCAAGUCAUUGGUGAGAGCACAUUGUGAUGUAAAUGUGCAGAAUAAUUCAGCCAAAAAAACAGCUCUGCAUAUCUUGGCUUGGAAAGGUCAUCCGGACUGCAUCAAAGACAUUAUCCUUGGUGGAGCAGACGUUAAUAUUUAUGACAAAUUCCACAAAACUUCAUUGUGGUACGCCAUCAAAAACAAGCACGUUGAAGUAGUCAAACUCCUUCUACGAGCUAAUUGUCUUGUCGACACAUUUCAAUGCCUACCCACAAUUCCCUCUGAAGCUUGCCCGGUCCGACUGGCCCUCUCAGAAGGCCUGUUUGACGUGAUCAAGCUUUUCGUACUUACUGGAUUUGACAGAGGACAUUUACGAGCUCGACUUAAAGACACUGAACUCAGAGAGAGAAUACACCACCACAAAGACAUUGAACACUGGCUGGAACAUGCAGAGGGCAUGCUGACGUUAAAACAGAUUUGUCGCCAGUGGAUCAGGCACCACCUCGGUCUCGCGUUUUACCAUCACCUCCACCUACUUCCUAUACCCCCCGCUAUGAGGGAUUUCAUCUCUAUGAAGGAACUCGAUGAAGAACACUGAAGUUAUUUAAGAAUUUCUAGAUAUGGAUUUUUAAAUUAGUUUGAAAGUGAUUCAUUUUAAUUCAAAACAUGUUACUAUUUGACACAUUGACAAUAAAAAGCAUUCUAAUUGUGGCAUUCAUAAAAUCAAAUGGUAAAUUGAAACCGGUAGAGUUUUAA